AGAAAAGAGAACAAUCUCCAUGUACUGCAAUUCCGGGUUCCCAGAUCCACAAUAUGCUGUCACUCUACAUAUCAAAAUUUGGACAAUUUCUGGAGCCAAAAUAUUAAUAAUGAUAAACAAAUGAAAGAAUUUAAUCAUUUGUUCAAAUAGUUUAUUUAGAAAAUAUGAUGCAUAUCUCGGAAAAUGUUAAAAGAAAAUUACUAAGAGGGUGUAAAAUAAAAUACAUUUGCUGAACAAUGAGUAUUCAGUAGCAGCCUUUAAUAGAAAGCUACGUGGGUAAUUGUUUGUUAAACCAUAUGAAAUUUUAGCAUUUGGCAAAAAAGAUUCUCCUAAUAUGGAACCUUUCAAAGCAUAUCCUCAGGGAAAUGAUUUCGAAAAGUCAAAACACACAUACACACGCACUCCAAGCCUUUUUUAUUUUUAAGGAGGUGGUAGCCAAAUUCAGCUCCCAUUCCAUUGAUGUGCAUAAAAAGUUUAUCUGAAAUUUAUAGUUCUAGAGCUAAUGAAAAGAGUAAAACAUCAUCUGAAAUUUUUGACACAAACCCCCCUCGCUCAGACACAGAAAAUCUGCAGAUGUUUCUGUCAGGGCACUCAACUUUCUCCAAACCAUAAUGAUCCAUUAGAUGAUUUGCCUGUGGUUUCACCAAGAAUCAAACUCAGAGAUGGGAGGCACCUUUCAUAUAUUGAGAGAGGAGUCCCCAAAGACAUGGCAAAAUACAAAGUCAUCAUUGUGCACGGUUUUGGAAGCUCCAAAGAGAUGAAUUUUCUGGCACCCCAGGACUUGAUAGAUGAAUUGGGUAUAUAUCUUCUGCAAUAUGACCGAGCUGGAUAUGGAGAAAGUGAUCCAAACCCAAAACGCUCAUUGAAGAGUGAAGCACUUGACAUUGAAGAGCUUGCUGAUCAGCUACAAUUAGGACCACAGUUUUAUGUGAUUGGAGUCUCAAUGGGUUCAUAUGCUAGCUGGAGUUGUCUAAAGUAUUUGCCCCACAGGCUUGCAGGGUUGGCACUGAUAGCCCCAGUGAUCAAUUACCGGUGGCCUUCAUUCCCAAAGAGUCUGAUAAGGGAGGACUACAGGAGGAAACUUGUCUACUGGUCCAUGUGGCUUGCAAAUCACUGGCCUAGACUAUUGCAUUGGUGGGUCACUCAAAAGUGGCUCCCUUCAACUGCUGUCAUAGAAAAGAACCCUGCUUUCUUCAAUAAAACUGAUAUAGAUAUUCUCAAGACAAUUCCUGGCUUUCCAAUGCUUACCAAGGACAGUUUAAGGGAACAAGUUGUUUUUGACACUCUUCGCCGUGAUUGGAAGGUGGCUUUUGGAAAAUGGGAAUUUGAUCCAAUGAAGCUAAGUAAUCCAUUUCCUCAAAAUAGAAGUUCGUUUCACAUUUGGCAUGGCUACGAAGAUAAGGUUGUGCCCUCUGAACUCCAGAGAUUUGUUUCAGGGAAGCUGCCAUGGAUACAUUAUCAUGAAGUUCCUGAUGGUGGCCACUUAAUUAUAUACUAUAGGGGCUUAUGUGAGGCCAUUUUAAGGGCACUUUUACUAGGACAAGAAAAUCUUGCAUAUAGACCUAAAACACCACCAUUAUUUGAAUCUUAAUAUGUCAUAACUUCAAAAUUUAAUGUGUUUAUUAUUAGCAUUUUUUUAAAGAAAA